AUGCGAUUUCGACGCUUGACCCCUGGCUACUUCCGGGUGCUACAGAUGCAGGUAGCCGGGAAGCUAAAGGCAGAGCCCCGGAGUCCAGUGGCUGGGGUUGUGGCUACACUGCUGGCUGUCCUCGGGCUGGGCGGCUCCUGCUAUGCCGUCUGGAAGAUGGUGGGGCAGCAGCGGCCGCCACAGGCCCCAUGACUGGCCCUGGGG